UUUUGUUCAAUGCCAGUAUACUACUUUCAGGGUAUUUAAACAGGUAGAUAGCUAGCUGUUGAUCACCUAUAGUUACUGGUAUUUUUAACAGAUACAGCAUUCAUAACGUUUAAGUGACAACGUCCGCCUAGGGAGACGACUACAGAGCACAGACAAGUUGAAGGAGGAAGACAACACAAGGGACUGCUGGUGGUAAUUUGCCGACAUCCAAGAAUCACUAAGUGCCAAAUUCAGCGAUUAUCAUUUAGUGCCACAGAUAACUUGUUUCUCAAUCAUGGAAGAUCCGCGCGUGAAAUUAGUGAUUGACAGAAAUUGGGAAUUCCUACGACGUCAUCUGGUUGUUACUGUCACCAUGAUUGACCGUCUGUACGAGGCCGGCAUAAUCAAUGACUACACACGUCACUCGCUCAUCAAACAAACCGACCAAGCACAAAUAGCCACGUUGCUAGGUGUAUUGCGCAGUAGAAGCAUGGAAGUGUUCCGAAAAUUCGUCACUAUCCUAAAGUUAUGUAAUGAUGGAUGGAUUGCGGACUCUCUUUUGAACACACCGAUCCAGGAAGCGUGGGGCAAAGGCCUCAGCAGGACCCACGGAAUGGUGAAAACUAUGCGGGAGUACGUCGACCUACCCAUCUCUAUGGAUAUUUCCAGAUUAGCAGACGCGUACGUUGCUAAGACAGACGUGUUACCAGGCCUACAACACAGACGGGAAGUGGACCUCCUCACCGACAAAUACGCAACCACUGCCCUUACCAGGCCUUACAGGUCAGAUAUGCAGCUCUCAACCUACCGUCCCUACGUACCGGCACCUCCAGCUAGGGUUAGCUCUCCCUAUCUGUCGUCACACAUAUUACCCACUGAGUAUCACCUUCCCUUGCGCAAAUCCUUAUCCUACUAUGAUAAGUACGCGUCAGAUGAUUUAGAGAGAGUUCCGCGUCACGUAGAAGAGGUCCAUCGCGCCUUCGUGUCCCAGCGCCUGGGAGCUGAUAAGGCUAUGGCAGUCCUGAAACGGGAGGAGAUCGAUAUGAAGACUGCUCUAGAAACCAACGUGAGAGACCAGGCAAAACUGUAUCACAAUCAGAGGCUGCUGUCCGAAAUUGACCAUCGACUUAAGCAGGUCGAGGUUGACGCCAGUCAUUUGAACGUUAACUAUAUUGUAGAUCCGGCCAUCAGGACACCCUGGGCUUACAAAACCUACCGGUACUGAGACGUGCCUGUCGACUUCUCGGUAUACUUGUUACGUGUGUAUAUCCGGUUGAGUUCUGAUUUUGACUUUACAACGUAGUUUACAAUAGAGGUCCGUGUACAAUCCUAGUUUCGAAAAUGUUCCCUAACGUAAGUAAACACUCUUCAACUUUUUUUCCAUAGAAAGCAUUUUUGGAGUUUAAAAACAAAUCAGUUCAGGAUUAAAAGAAAUAUUAUCAAUAAGUUAUUAUGGAAGUUAAGUUACGGAAGUAACUAACGUAAGGGAAAAGUCAUGAAACUGGAGUCACGUUAUUAUCGUAACAUACCGGGCAUUUGACAUGGUAAAAACGAUCUGUUACAUAUAGGUUAACUCUUAACACUGUUGGUCUGUAUAAAUACAGAUGUAGAAGGUAAACUUAUUGGUAAUUUGUUCACUAAACAUUUCUCUAUAUCUAUUUGUAUAUUGGGUUAUAUUAUCGUAAGCAUUUCCUCUUUGUUUAAGAACAACGUUAGGUGAUUAAUUUGUACCAUGACAUGUUAAAAAUGAAAUACUCUGAAAAUGACAAUUUUGUAAUGAUCAAUAUAUAUUGAAUUACGUUCAAGAAACUUUGUUAGAGAUCAAUGUACAACAUGUAACAUAUACUUUUUUUUUAUUCCUAAGAUAUAUUGGAAUUCGAUUUAAUGUUAUAUGUUUUUAUAUACGUUACUCUUUAAAUGUAUCUGUAUUUAUAUGAAUGAUUGGUAUAAAUUGUUACCAAAUACGUUAUAAUAUCUAUAUAGGUAUGGAGCCUAUAAAUGUUCGCCACAACGGUAUACAUAUUUUGUAUCAAUUAAUUACGGUUAGAUAGGAAUUUCCGUCCGCAGUAAGCCAUACAUUGUAUCAACAGUUCUGCAUGCUCUAUUUGUACAAAUGCUAUCAGUCUAUCGUAAUACCAUUGUAUAGAGUUAUCUCCCUUGAAAGAUUUCUGUUUAUCAAAGUGCUAUCGUAAUAUACGCUUCUAUAUAAAUAUAGUCUAUGUCAGAUUUUCUCCCUUGAAAGAUUCUUAUCAUCGUUAUUUUCUCGAACGAGAUAAUGCUGUUUUCAUGAUCUUUUUAUCAUUUAAAGUAUCUCAUUUCUUUAACUAUUAACAUAGUCCAGCUUAAUAUUCAAUAAUUAUAUUUUUGUAAUUUAGAAUUCUUUUCAUUCGUUCCGUGUUUUUCAUUUUAAACUGAUGUGUUCAUACAAUGCCACAUCAAAAGAAACGUUGUAUUUGUAAUACAAUUGUUUUAAAAUCAUUGGAACUAACAACUAAAAAGUCAAAUCGCAAUAUUAAGAUAAAGGAAUUACGACUAUUAUUUCAUUAUUUCAAUGAAAUGUGUAUAAUACAUAUACAUGUGAAUACAUGUUAUUAUGAAACUAAAGAUGAAAAACAAAUUGUACCUUGACAAACGUAAUAUAUUGAACAAAAUCAUCCCAAAUAUUAAUGCGAACAGCACACCUUUUUCUAUUGUUUCGAUAUAAAUAAUCUGCAUCUAAUGUGUUGUAUAAUUUGAUAUAUUAUUUAAAAUUGUAUAGAUUUAUAAGCAGGGCCCUUUUUUGACUAGCUAUAAAAGUAUAAGUAGCAUGCUUUCAAUCUACCUCAAUCAUCAUGUAAACAGCCAUCUUCUACCUAAAGUUUCACGUAUAAUCAAAAAUACACAAUGUAUAUCAAGGUGUUAGCGAAACUAAAUUUCACCAAGUUAAUAACGCCAUCUUUAGCUAAUAUAUUGUGAAAAGUAAAAAAAAAAAAAAAAAAUGGAAGUCGUUAUAAGAUCUUUCAAAUCAAUUGCUGUAAAUAUAAAAUUCUGAUAAAAGAAAUUAUCAUCAACCAGAAAUGUCACAUUGUUUUCCCGUUCGUGUGUAUGAACACUUACCAAGAACAGAAGGGCAAUGUUUGUGACAUAAGAACGUGAUUUCUCUUGAUGAACAUGAGUACAACGAAGAAAAAUGACACCGGCGAAGCAGUUGUUCCCACUAAGAUGUGAAUAUUAAAAUAUUACUGACUUGGCACAAAUAUCUAUCGAAAAUGGCAUACAUCUGCUUCUGUGCAUUCCUACCUGGCAUGCAGUUUUAGUUAAUUAUGCUUUUUUUUUUUUAAAU